GAAUGAAGGCGAGAACGUUCCUGCUGCUGUUUGGGACCGUGUUGAGCUGCUGUCAGGCGCAGCUGGAGACGGCAGUUGAGGAGGCUGGCGAGGAGGAGGAACAUGUCGAGCUUUUCACCACACCUGCGACAAAGAUGGGCGCUGCCACCUCAGACUUUGGCUACAACCUGUAUCGUGCCAUGGCGAGUCGUGACCCUAACGCCAACAUCUUCUUGGCCCCCAUCAGUGUUUCUGCAGUGCUGACACAGCUGUCCAUGGGAGCUUCCGAGCGAGCUGAGCGGCAACUGUUCAGGGCCCUGAGGUACCACACGCUGCAGGACCCCCAGCUCCACAACACGCUGAGAGACCUGCUGACUGCGGUUCAGAUGGCCGGCAAAGGCCUCAGCGCUGCAGCGCGCCUCUAUCUGUCACGAAGACUUCGAGUGAAGCAGGACUUCUUCACGUUGGUGGAGCAGCAGUACAAUGUUCGGCCGAAGGCUCUCAAUGCCCCGGGCACAGCCAUGAAAGAGAUCAACGACUGGGUGGCACAAGAGACGGGCGGGAAGGUGCAGCGCAUCCUGUCCAAAGCCUUACCUAGAAACCCUGGAGUCAACGCUGUGAGCGCUGCAUUUUUCAAAGGAACUUGGGUGACACGAUUUGGUCAGAGUGGCACAACGGAGAAUUUCCAGCUGGAUGGUGAAAACUCAGUUCGUGUUCCCAUGAUGCAACAGGAUAACUACCCCAUCAAGAUGGGAAUCGACUCAGAUCUGAGUUGCACUAUCGCUCAGAUCCAGAUGCAGGAUGAUGUCAGCAUGUUCGUCUUCCUCCCAGACGAUGUAAGCGCCAACAUGACCCUCCUGGAGGAGAGCCUGACUGCUGAGUUUGUGCAGGAUCUGUCCCAGACGCUCCUUCCCACCCAGGUGUCCCUCAAAUUGCCUGUCUUAAAGCCAAGCUACUCCACAGACCUGCUACCGGUACUUGGUGACCUAGGUCUCUCUGAAUGGUUAGUGGAACCUGACUUGGAGAAGAUCUCGGCUCAGUCGGUGAAGCUCACCAGUGUCAAUCACAAAGUCGUCAUGGAGAUGGCGCCAGAGGGGAACCAGUACCCCAGUGCCACCUCGGUGCCAAGUAACCUGUCGUACCACGUGGACCGGCCCUUCCUCUACCUGAUCCGCGAUGAAGCUUCAGGAGCACCGCUCGUCAUCGGCAAGGUCGUGAACCCGAAAACGUUGACAGCAUAGAUGUUUGCAGAAGGUCCACGAGGCAAAUUUCAGCUGGCAAAUGUAUUCAAGGAUUUUCAUUUUUGGUCCAUUUUACAUGAUUUUUACUUUUCAUGUUGAAACACGCCAGCGUGAUCAUGUUUGUGUGUCAGAAUACUGAAAACACGGCGACCAAAAACUGGUGAAUGAAACAAAUCAAAUAUUGUCAUUUGUUUUACGCAAAAUAAAUACGACAAUGAAAU